AUGUGUAGACACCAUGAGUGAAGCGGGCAAAUAAAGAUUUAUAAUGGCAGCGAGCGAUGAUGGAGGCUUCGCGAAGAUGCAGCGUUUCGUCGUGCUGAACAUUCACCGGGGCGAUACAUCGGGAAGCAGCAGCACGGAUUACUGCAACGUCUAAUUGUAUCCGAGCUAGCCAACAAAAUGGGCCGUGCAUCGGCGUAAAGCGGAGGUAAAGUGACCUUUCAUUGCAUUGUCCCAUGGAAGACCGGCCGCGUUUACCGAAUCACGGCGUCAUGUUGACACUGGAGGCUCAACCGCGUCGCGCUGUCACGAAAACAUCCGCGAGCAGCAUCUCUUGUGCUGCUGCCGGGGAGCCUCCAUCCUCCUCCUCCUCCUCCUCCUCCACCUCCACCUCAAUCAAUAACAGCGGCUGCCGUUUGCCCAUGCACUUAUCAGCCUCCUCUCAUUGCCAGCCACAGAGGAGGUACCAUCCGCCUUACCACUUUAAAGUGCACCAUCUGUUCCCGGAUGAGAGCCCUCAGGAUGCUGUGCUGAGGAAGAACCUGCCAGCCCUACAGUAUAAGGUGCACGACUCUGCCUUCUGCCGCGUGCUCAGCGCUGACACCACUGCUGCCGCCCUGGCCGCUGCCGCCGCCUGCUCCGGUGGCCUGGACCGGGACAUCUGGAAGUGUGGCUAUCUGCGAAAGCAGAAGCACGGCCACAAGAGGUUCUUCGUUUUGCGGGGCCCCAGCAACCUCGGGCCCAGCCGCUUGGAGUAUUACGACAGCGAGAAGAAAUUUCGAAAUGCCCUCAAAGCUGCUGCCUCUGGUGUCACGUGCCCUGCCAAAAGGGUGAUUUAUCUGUCGCAGUGUUUUACGGUUAAUAAGAGGGCUGAUGCUAAGAACAAAUACCUCAUUGCCCUUUAUACUAAAGACGAAUACUUUGCUGUUGUAGCCGAGAGCGAACAGGAGCAAGAAGAGUGGUACUUGUCCAUAACGGAACUUAUGACGGAGGGGAAAAAGGGGCAGCUGGACAACGACGAACUUGAUGAUGGUUAUGGGACGAUUUCACCAGGAACUAUUUUCAAGGAGGUGUGGCAGGUGAACGUCAAGCCUAAAGGCUUAGGUCAGACUCGAAACUUAAUGGGGGUGUACCGUCUGUGCCUUUCCGCCAAGACUAUUCACCUGGUGAAGCUGAACUCGGAGACGCCUGCCGUCAACCUGCCGCUAAUGAACAUUCGACGCUGCGGUCACUCCGAGAGCUUCUUCUUUAUCGAGGUGGGCCGCUCUUCUUCCAUCGGCCCUGGUGAGAUAUGGGUGCAAGUCGAGGACUCUGUUGUGGCGCAGAACAUGCACGAGACCAUUCUAGACACUAUGAAGGCUCUGAAGGCCUUUCCUGACUUUAGGCCAAGGAGCAAAAGCCAGUCAUCUGGCGCAAAUCCGCUGCCGUUUAUUACGACUCGCCGGCAUCUCGGAAAUCUCCCCCCAAGCCAAACUGGGCUCCAGCGCGCCUCCAGAACGGAUUCAAUGACUGGCACGCCGCCCACAGGGAAAAGCAGAGGGCGGGGUCAGCGCUACCGCACCUCCAGCGAGGGCGAAGGCACUCAGGACCGCCCCCUCAGCUCUGGGACAGGCAGCCUAGUGCACAUCAAUACCCCCAUUCUCAGUGUGGGCCGGGAGGAAAGCGGCAGCUGCUGCGCUCAUGCAUCACCCAAUCAGACACACCACACACGCUCCGCAUCACUCCCCGUAUCUCACUUCCUGUCUGCCACCAGCCCGAUCAGUGUGUCCAGCAGUAGUGGGCACGGCUCGGCUUCAGACACACACACUCGUCCCUCGAGCUCCUCCAUCUGUGGCUCCCCCAGCGACGGAGGAUUCAACUCCUCUGACGAGUUCUGUCCCAGCCCCUGCGACUUCAGGUACUUUCACGCAAGUUGUACCACACCCGAAUCCCACGGCAGCACCCCGCCGAUUAGGGACGACUACAGGCUGACUGAGUACAUGACUAUGGAUUGGCACAGAGAUGGUGCGAGGACGUUCGAGGAGGAGAGCAGUUACAUGGAGAGGACUUUCCUGAAGCUGGCACACUCGUCCAAGCCAAAGCUAGGCGGCAGCUUGAGCAUCACGCAGCAGAAAGCCACGCAGACCUCAUCGUCUUUUGAUGAACCGCUGGAGUCUAAACGACAGCAGGUUUGCUCGUGCCUGCUGAAGUCAGCCUAUAAGUCUUACUCUGAGUUACAUCACCCAAACAAGCCUCCCUUGCUCAGCUCUGAGUGUCAGAAGAAACUGCCAAAAGAUGACGGCUACAUGCCUAUGAUCUACAGCAUGGCUUCUUCUCCUAAUGCAGAUUACACCCCUAUGCAACCCCGAGCAAACCACCCUGCGUCUCUGGACAUCCACCCCUGUUCCUCGCAGCAGUCGGACCGGUACGGAUACAUGAUGAUGCUUCCUAGUGACAGCCCCUCAAGUAGGGAGCAGGCGGAGUACGACGACUACAUGGAUAUGUCACAGCUUACAAUAGCUGAAGGCUUUUCUCAAGCCUCACCCGAAUCCAUCAAGGCCUCAUAUUUCUCGCUUCCGCGCUCCUACAAAGCCCCGUCACGAGAAAAGCACGAAAAGGCUGAAUACGUUCCCAUGUCUCCAGCUGAUCCCAUGAGUCCUCCUAGUCCCGGGGAGUAUAUUCACAUGGACUUUGGUCCUCGUCUCGCUCACCCCGCUGUGUCUCCACCCUCCGCAGACUCGCCCUCGACACCUCCACCCUCUCAACCCUGCUACCGGAUGUGUUGCUCCUCUCCAGACCAUGAUUAUUUGGGUCUAAACAUGGAUAAUCUCCUAAAGGACCGGCCUCCGCGACACUCCCUUGUUGCUCCAUGGAAUCCCCCCAAUUAUGCUCGCCCCUUAGGGUGCUCAUACGGACAGACCUCCGCUAAUUUAGAUCCCGAAAAGGUGCACGGUGAAUGCGGUGAUGUUCCCUUAAGAACCAUGCAGCAUCUUUGCAUCUCCGAGCGACUGCCGUUCACUCACACGGAGCCCAAAGUCAUCAGAGCGGACCCGCAGGGGCGGAGGCGGCACAGUUCGGAGACUUUCAUCCCCUCGCCGGCUACUUUUGCUAGUGGUUGCGGAAUCAGGCCCUCAGCCAAUCAGAAUCUCCCCGAAGCUAGCAGAUGGCAGAACUCCAGCUCCUUCGAUAGCAUGUGGUCGCACCCGGACGCCUCCCCAAACUCCGUCAUGGGUGGGACGCCUCAGAACACCUCAUCCAGCUACCUCAACUACAUCGCUCUGGACCUGAGAGAAGUGGCCCGGGUCACACACGACGCUCCACGCCCAGCCCAUAGCAACCUCCAAGAGAGCGACGCUUACGCUGGUAUAGACUUCUCCAUUUCGGGAGGACGUGCCAAUGCCUCAAAAGAUUGAGUGAGUCAGAUGCUGGUGCCCGAAGGGGAAUCAGGACACGGAGAAUCCACUGAACUCUGGACCACCCAAGAGGACAAAACCCAUCCUCAGACCUCCGACAACAAGACUGAGAAACUGCACAACCUCCGUAUUUCCCACAUAACUGCCUCAACAACCGGUUUCAUCUGUCCGUGUUUUUAUUUGAUUUGGUUUCUGUCCGAAUGAUGAUGAUGAUGAUGAUGAUGAUGUUUGUCUUGGGUCUUGUUUACUAGAGCGGGUCCGCUAAAUUAGAACUGUGAGCUUCAGAUAUCUAGCACUUCUCGUUUGUGUGCGUGUGUGUGUGUGUGUGUGUGCGCGUGUGUGUGUGUGUGAUAUUAAACGCAUCAUAGCUCUUAGGUUACAGGUUUGUGUUUCUCCAUGCAACAUCGGAGAGAUCCGUGUAAAUAGGAGAAGCUUGUAUAUUGAAUAUUGGGGGUUUUUUGUAUAACGAGCCAGGUGCUUUGCGGUACCUUCCCAUCAUGCAUCACUCCUCGAGAUGUUCGCCAUGAUUAUUUUGUAUAGCGUUUAACUUGACUUUUUGGUUUUUGUAUCAGGGGUUGUCUAGACACACUGAACACACUGUAAAAGAGUUCAUGUUUGUCAGGGUUUAUUUUGUAGUGUACAGUCACGGAUUAAUCUCACAUGGUGUUUUCGCCGCAUGGAAACGUCCCUGCUGCUAAAAAAAAUGCGUUUUUACUAGGGGUUUUUGACUUGUUUUAGUCCAAAUAUCUAAAAAUUGUUCAAUUACGAAGCAUUUUCUGGAAAAGCAAAACAUAUUGUCUUGUUUUCAGAAAUAAUAUGUCAAAAUGAAGUGAGUUUUCCCUUAAAACAAGCUAAAUAAUCAGCCAAUGAGGAAAGAAAAUAAUCCUGUAUUCAGUUUUGAGAUGAGAUUAU